AUGCUCCCACGUACCCUCCUCCGCCGCGCUCCCCGCGUCUUCCUUACCCCCUCUCGCCCCUUCACUUCCUCCGUUAUUCGCCGAGCAGCAGACCGCGGCGAUCCGAACCCGGACUCAAACAACCCGCCCUCGCGCUCGCCCUCCGCCGACACGCCAAACACGGACCCGCAGUCCAGCGCCUCGAAGGAGGAGCACAAGUCCGGCGACAACCACCCGGCCAAGCAGCCGGAUAACCAGCAGGAGCCGGAGCGGAAAACAGGGUUUGGCGGGGAGACUGACGUUAAGGGGGGGAAGGAGGGGCUGGGGGAGAGGACGGACAAGCAGUAG